ACCUUGUUAUCAUUUGCAUUAAAAGAUUUCUUCCAUUUCCUCUAUUCCUUUUUCUUCCACUGAAAUCCAUUUCUGGAACAAAUAAAUGGCUGAAGCACUCAUUUCCGUGGUCCUACAACAGUUGGCCUCAAUCAUCAAAAAACAAGUAAAACAAGAGGUUAGACUAGUUGUGGAUGUUAAGAAAGAAGUGGCAAAACUCACCCACAAUUUCAAAGCUAUUCAAGUUGUGCUCGAGAAUGCAGAGGAGAGGCAAAUGAAGGAGGUGGACGUGAGAUACUGGUUGGACAGUUUGAAGGAUGUAUCCUAUGAGAUGGACGACGUGUUGGACGAGUGGAGUACUGAAAUUCUGAAACUACGUAUUCAGAAAAAAGAAGCUGGUAAUGCCAAGAAGGUAUGUUUCUGCAUUCAUGCCGCUUGGUUUUGUUUUGGCCAUCAAGUAGUUCUUCGUCUUGACAUUGCUAGGAAGAUAAAAGAACUAAAUGAAACAUUAGCUCUGAUUGCUAAUGAAAGACUAAACUAUAACUUUCAACCCCCGAAAAGAGGAGUUGAACAAAUUGAACAACGAAAAAGUUCUUCUUUCGUUGAUCAGACAUUUGGUCGUGAAGUAGAAAAGGACGUAUUAGUAAAAAAGUUGCUGAGUGAGAGUGGUCAAGCAAGGCCAAACUUCCUUGUCAUCCCAAUUGUAGGGAUGGGAGGAAUUGGUAAGACAACUCUUGCCCAACUUGCAUAUAAUGAUGAAAGGGUUCAAGCCCAUUUCGACAAUAGAAUAUGGGUUUGUGUCUCAGAUCCUUUUGAUGAGAUCAAAAUUGCCAAAGCCAUCAUUGAUGUUCUGAAAAAGGGGACAAAUAUCCAAGCUUCAAAUGAGUUGCAAACACUCUUGGAAAUUAUAGUUGAGUGCGUUAAGGGCAAGAAGUUCCUUCUUGUCCUAGAUGAUGUGUGGAACGACGAGUAUAGAAAGUGGGAACCAUUCAAGCUAGCUUUACAAAAUGGGGCUGUGGGUAGUAGCGUAUUGGUGACCACAAGGAAGGAGGAUGUUGCUAUGAUGAUGGGAGCAUCCGCUGAUACGAUCAAUUUGCAGGAGUUGAGUGAUGAAAACUGUUGGAAAUUGUUCUGUCACAUAGCAUUGGUUGAUAGGGAAAUAAGUGAAUAUAGAACAUUUGAAGUCAUUGGUAAAGAAAUUGUAAAAAAGUGUAAGGGUUUACCCCUUGUUGCAAAGACAUUGGGUGGUCUCAUGCGCCACAAGAAAACGAGGAAAGAAUGGGAAGACGUUUUGAAAAGUAAGACAUGGGAGUUAGAUGUGGUUGAGAAACAAGUUUUCCAACCAUUGUUGCUAAGUUAUUAUGAUUUGGCCUCGACUGACAAAUGUUGUCUUUUAUAUUGUGUUAUUUUCCCAAAAGGUUAUGUGAUUGAAAAAGAUAACUUGAUUGAGUUGUGGAUGUCACAAAAUUAUCUUAAUUUAAUUGGAAAUAAAGAAAAAGAAGAGGUAGGCGAAACAUACUUUGAUAACUUAGUAACACGCUCUUUCUUCCAAGAAUUUGAGAAAGAUGACCUUGGAUAUAUAACCCGGUGCAAGAUGCAUGAUGUUGUGCAUGACUUUCUACAAUUUCUAACUAAGAAUGAAUGCUUUGUUUUGGAGGGUGAGGGUGGUAAUAAGAGAAUAAUGGAGUUUAAUGGAGAAAAUAAGGCUCGUCAUUUGACAUUAAUGUUUGCACCUGAAGGUGCAUUUCCGAUUUCCUUGUACAGCUGCAAGAAUUUACGGACUCUAGCAACUUUUGAUUCAAAUAUUAGUACAUUUGGUCGAGAGUUAAUUUCACAGCUAAAAUGCCUUAGAACGUUGAAUCUGAGUUUUAACUCCAUAAAAGAAGUUCCGAAUGAGGUUGGAGAAUUGACACAUUUGAGAACACUUGAAAGAUUACCUGAAGGCAUAGGAAAGCUGAUUAACUUGCAGCAUCUUUAUGUCAUGGGUUGUUUUCGUCUAAAGUUGCCCAAGGUGAUUGCAAGCUUCGUGGGAGUUUCCGAAUAG